UCUCAGGGCGGUGAGGGUGUCUGCUCUGCGACAGUGUGGGUGGUCAAGCACCCCUCGGUUCCAUCCCUCUUCGAAGGCGGCUCUGCUCUCUGUUGGCCGUGGACGGACGGGACAAUCCGGCUGGUUAAAGCAGCCGGCAGCGAAGGCGCUCCGGGGGCAGCACAGUCGUGGCUGUGGGGCCUCUCCAGAUGUGGGCUGAUCUCAGGGCUGGGUCAGGCAGGUGCACAAGCUGACGUGCAGAGAGCUCUGCCCGGACACCUCUUUGAGAAUGUGCAAACAGUCUCCUGCCCCAAAAACUCAGGCUCACGCUUUCCAGCAGCAGUGGUCGUUUACCAAGUUAUUCGUUUCUUGCAGCCACGUCUCCUGAGCUGGCUGUUUGACAGGACGAUACACUCCCGGCUUGGGCAAAGGGCUCCACGAAUGAAAUGAACAACUUUUUUUUUUCCCACUCAGGUGUAAAACUUCUGUUGCAUGGUCUUUGCUCCAACACCACAGUCAAAUCUUUGGAUCUGAAGGUGAGUCUGUUCGAAUAGAAUUAGGACAAAGUGGUGGACAAGGAAAAAGGAGCACGGGCUUAGUCAGAGUUAGAACUUGACAGUCCUGGUGCAGGAUUGUUCAGAAAGAUGCAUACUUCUGUAAGGAUUUUGUUCUCGAGUGAUUUGUUCCUUGUGUCCUUAACACCAUGUCAGAACAUUCCAAAGUUACUUUGCAGAUCACCUUUAUCCAAUUUUAUUUGGUUAGUCUGUUUUGGUAGGAAGUUACAGCUAUAUAUCUUUUGUCCGUUGCUGCUUGGUCAGAUGAGGCAUAUAUAAGGGUUUCUUUGGGUCUCUGUAUUGAUCAGUGAGUUACUGUUUGACUUGUGCUUCUGUAGAAUUUAUCCAGCUUGCCAAUGCCUUUCAGCUAGCCUGAGCUUGGCACUAGGCAUCUGCCUUUAGAUGUGAUGGUCACUCUACUGAGAGUGGCUUUCUGUCUGUAUUCCUCUGACAUACAGCUAUCCUCUUGAAUAUACAGUUGCACCUUUCUCAUUUAUGCUAGUCCUAACUGAGCCCUUUUUAUUGAAGUAUAUUGAAAUGGUUCUGCUUAUCUAGAAUCACCAUUUUCUGUCCCAUUGUGGCCCAUGAUGAUCCUGUGCUAUCCUGUGAAUUUUGCAAGCUCUCAGUCAUGGUGCCUCACAAGACCAGAGGGAAAUAACCUACGAAGCAUGGGAGCUGAGGCUUUGGGAAAACUUCUUAGGCAGAACAAAUCCAUCCGGAGCCUAACCUUAGAGUGGAACAGCCUUGGCAUGUGGGAGGAAGGCUUCUCCUUUUUCUGCCAAGGACUGGCAGCAAACAACUUUCUCCAGCGGCUGGAUCUGCGCAAUAACCAGAUUAACCAUCAAGGGGCUGGAGAGCUGGCCGUGGCACUGACACAAAACGCAUGUCUUCAGGAGCUGGAUUUGCGAUGGAACAAUAUUGGGCUUCUGGGUGGUCGAGCUUUGCUGAACUGCCUGCACAGAAACAAGACGCUGAAGAGGCUAGAGCUGGCAGGGAACAACGUUCCUGGUGACAUCCUGAAAGCUGUGGAACAAGCCUUGGAUCACAAUCAAGACCGUGAGGCUAUCCUGAGUGAGGCCCAGAACCGAGUGUACAUCCUCAACAAAGAGGUUUUGAAUCUGAAGGAUGAGAAGAACAAGCAGUUCUUGGAUUUAAUGGACACUGUAGACAAGCAGAAAGAAGAAAAAGCCAAGAGUGAGAGAAUGUCCGCAGCACGAGUCAGCCAACUGCAGGAAGCAUUGGAUGAGCAGCACUCCAUUAUAAAUUCACUGAAAGCCAAGCUGCAGAUGACUGAAGCUGCCCUGGCUCUGUCUGAGCAGAAGGUGCACAACUUGGGAGAGCUGCUGAAUGCCAUGAAACAGGAACAAACCAGUGUGGCUGAGUGCCACUUUAGGGAGCUCCAGCAACAAAAGCAGGAAAGUGCUGAUCGGGAAGGCAAGCUUUUGCAUGACUUGUCUGCUGCCAGUGAGAAAAAUCUGCUGCUGAGAAACCAGGUGGAUGAGUUGGAGAGGAAGUGCAAAGUUCAGCAGGAUCAGCUGUUCCAGGUAAAACAAGACUUGGCCAACACAACUGCAGAGCUGAAGCUUCGGGCUGUGCAGGCUGAGGAACGUCUGGAAAUGGAGAAGAGAAGAUUUAAACAAAGCCUUGAAGACAUGGAAUCCCUUCGGGUAAAAGAGGUGGAUCAUAUGACACAGCACAUCGAGGCCAGUGAACGUUCCAUGCAGGACAGGAUCCAGAAGCUGGAGACCAUCAGGAUAUCUCUGGAGGAGGAGCUGAGCCAAGUCAAAGCAGCUGCACUUGCUGAGCGAGGCCAAGCAGAGGAGGAGUUAAUAAAAGCCCGGAAUCAGGCGCGCUUGGAGGAGCAGCAACGACUAGAACACCUAAAAGAGAAGCUGCAGCUGAUGACUGAGUCACGGGAUGAAGCUCAGAACUGCUACCUUAAGCAAAAAGAAAUGGCUGCUGAAGCCCAGGCCAGAGCCAAACAGUUGAGCCUGCAUGCUGAUGGACUCAGAAGGCGGCUGGAGGAACUUCAGCAGGACCUGAACAGUAAGGAAGAGGAGAAAGUGACAGAAGUGAAUAAGGUGAAGGUGGAAUUACAGGAGCAGAUUGGGCACCUGGAAGCUGAACGCACAGCACAGGAUGGACUGAGAGAGAAGAUUGCAGCUCUGGAAAGACAGCUGAAAGCCUUAUCAAAUAAUCACCGUGAAGCACUGCUGGACAAAGAGGGUGAGAUCUCUCUGCUGCUGGAGAAGCUGAGAAUGAAAGAGGCUGAGAUCUCCAGGGUGAGGGAAGAGGAGGCCCAGCGAGCAAGUUUCUUGCAAAAUGCCAUCAUGGCAUAUGUGCAGGGACCCCCCUUUGGAACCCAGAGUUCUAGGAAAUGAGAGCAUGGCUUAAAGGAUCCAAAUACCUGCUGUCAGAAGAGGGUGAGCAACUCAGAUACAGCUCCUUCUUCCUAGAUGGGACAGUUUUAUCAGAGCGGGAUGACACAAAGGCUUGCAAACACAGAAAAUUGUUCUCGCUCUUCGUAAAUCUUCCUCCUGACCACAUAAAGGGAAGGAGGGAGCAACCAUCAAGGCUCGUGGGUCUGAGUGCAUGAUGUGGAGCCCUUCCACUGAGCUGCCACAGUGUUUAAAGUAUUUUCUGUGUCCUUUUACACAGCACCAGCCUGUCAGCACACCCUGUUGCUACUGGAGGGGGUGGUUUGUAUGUUCCCUGGCAGAGUUCUUCUGCAGCAUUUGUUUGGAUGCCAUGGCUGUUCACAGUGAAACCUGUUAAAAGGCGACAGCAGUUCACACUUUGUUCAUGGGGUCCUGAAACUUCUGGAAACACCAUAUAUUAUGCAUCCAUUCUUUUUCACCCAGUGCUUACAGAUGGAAGCAAAGUCUGACUGGGCCCUCUCUGGCUCAUUUACCCUCCAUGCUGUGGCUCUGGCUGUAUUGGUGGGCAGUAGAUUUGCGUUCAGCAUAGACAGAAACAGCUGUUUAGAGGGGCUGCGGUGCAAUGCUGUUCAUGUCCUUGUGGGACAGCUGGGCUUUGGCUGUGGUUCAACUUCUACAACACCGACUGGCAGGGGAGGGGCCAGUGGGUGGUUAGGGAUCAGCAUCUGUGCUUCUUCACUGUGAACUGCAGCCCUUGGCUGAAGAUGUUGCAGCCAAUAUGCAACAGGAUUUGAUUUCACUGUGACAAAUGGCAAAACUGUCCUCAUGGCUUCUCAGGCCCCUGAAGCUGAGUGCUGUGGCCUUACCCUGGAGAGGAGCAGUGCUUCUGUCUCAAAACAGAGGAGUCGCUUCUAAGAGCACAAAGGCAGAGAAGGUGGUUCCUCUCCUGACAGCACGAGUCCUUGCAUGACCUGGAGAAAGGGAAGGGUUGCGGGAGUCUGAAUUGGAGAAAGGGGCCAGCAGUCUUGAGAACCUUCUGUGCGUUCCUUCAAUGAGUCUGGGGCAGGAGCAGUGAUCUUGCAGUACAUAUUUUAGGAGACAAAUGGAAAAUGAGCGUUUAUGUGUGGACUGGUUGGUUUGUGUUUAUGAUUUUUUAUAUUGGAUUUUGCUCUGCUUUUCUAAUAAAGAGCUUUUGCAUUUUGCCAUAA